AUGGACGAAGAUUUGCUCAAGCGUAACACCGAUUGCGUUUAUUUCUUGGCUUCACCCCUCACUUGCAAGAAGGGUGUAGAGUGUGAGUAUAGGCACCAUGAAAUUGCGAGGCUUAACCCGAGGGAUUGCUGGUACUGGUUAUCUGGGAAUUGUCUUAAUCCGACUUGUGCUUUUAGACACCCUCCAUUGGACGGGCAUGCUGGAGUGCCAUCUGAACCUAUACAAUCUUCCGUACCUGCAUCUGCAAACAAGACAAUGGUUCCUUGUUAUUUUUUCUUCAAUGGUUUUUGCAACAAAGGUAGCAAAUGCUCAUUUUCACAUAAGCCUGAUGAUAGCUUGCUCGUUGUAAAGCCUUCGAAGAAUGACACUUUGAAGCCUUUGAAAAAUGACACUGUAAAGCCUUCGAAGAAUGACACUGUAAAGCCUUUGAAAAAUGACACUGUAAAGCCUUUGAAGAACGACACUGUAAAACCUUUGAAGAACGACACUGUAAAGCCUUUGAAGAAUGACAACGGAAACAUUCAUGCACUCAACUUAGAAAAUAAAGCUUUAUCAGGAAAUAAAACAUCUGUAGCACCAACACCAAGGGAAACACAUUUUGAGCAAUCUUUAUCUGCUCCAAAAGCUCUGUCUGAUACUAGACUUAAGUCUAAGGAAGACCUUCAGUUACCAUUACCCAAAAAUGUUAAACAGCAAAGUGUUUGCUUGGAAUUUUCUUCAUUUGACUAUAAUGAAGCUGCUGUGACUCAGUCAGACUCUCUGGUACCAGACAAUGGUUUUGCUCAUAAUAUGUCUCAUUCAUGCUCUGAGCAGAGUUCAGAGGAGCAGGAAAACUGUCAUGUAGAGCCUGAGGAACGGUGGGAAUCCUCCCCUGGAUUUGAUGUUCUUGUUCAUGAUGAAUCCGAGAAUCUGGGUUAUGAGAAUGGUUCUGAAUAUUUGCCACUGCUUGAUAUGGAUGACCACGAACUGAAUGAGCAAUACGCAGGGUAUGAAUAUAAAAAUACAGAUGAGUACGACACCAUCUGCUCAGAUGCUGAUAUUCUGUAUGAACAGGCAACAUGUGAUGAUUACAGAUGUUUUGAUAGAGAUUUUGCCAGUGAAAGGGAAGUUUAUGGUUAUUCCAGAGAGAUAGCAUUAGAUUCUAUAUUUUCCAGGAAAAGGGUUCGGAUGUCAGCUGCUGAGAUGGAUGCUUGUGACUCUGACUUAGAUCUACGUCACCAUCUGAGAAGACGCAGGGAGGUCAAUGAUCCUGCUGUCACUGGUUUCUUUAGAAGACAUGAUGAGCCAUCUUCUUUGAUGGUUCGAAACCAGGAAAGGCAUCGAAGGGGCGAUGUUGUUCAGCAACAAAAUAGAAGAUUAACAUCACAAUUAGGAUUUAGUUCAAUCAGAGAGGUCGAAGAUCUUUCAAUUGCUAACAAGCACAGGUUAUUUAGGCCUUCCCAGCAAAAUAGGCCAAGAAAGCAUUAUAGAGAAAAACCAGCUAAACGACCAUUUCCUUCAUCUAAAGUAUCCAGGCAACCAGUUGUAAAGCAACAGAGAGUUAUUCAGGAAUCCAGUACAUUUUCAGGGCCCAAGACUCUUGCAGAAAUAAAAGAAGAGAGGAAGAAGGCUGGUGAAAGUUCACAUUGUGAAAGCUCGUCAGCUGGUUUCCAGGAUCCCAAACCACUGCAUGAAAUUCUCAAAGAUAGAAGGACCAUGGACUGA